AUGACAAGUACGCCUGGCCGGAGUCCUGGUUCUUUUCGUGGUUAUACAGAUGAACAGAAAGCUUUACGUGCUAAACUUGAUUUGAUCAUUAAAUGGGGACGUGAUUUAAAAAGUAAUGUUAUGAAACAAUCGUGUAAAGCUUUACAGACAAAUAAUACGGAUACACAUGAAGCAAUCGAUCAAAUUCAUGAUGAUUUAGAUGAUUAUAAACGUAAAUUAGAUCGUGAACUGGGUAUUAUGCAUGAUAUAUGUGAUGCAUUAACAAUAAAUAAUCAAUUAAGAAAUGGCGAUGAAGAAAAUCUUAGUGAUGAAAUUCUUGAAGCAUUACGUCGUUCACCAACAUAUACAUCACUUGAACAACAUAUAUUUGAUGAUCAGAGGUCACGUAUUCGUGUUUCAACUGCGCGAUCAUUGUCUCAACAACGAAAUAUUGAAGAAGAUGAUAGUCAAAUUAUUGACGACAGUGAUGACGAAAUUAUUGCAUUGAGUGAUGAAGAUACUCCGGGACGAUCGAGUAUUACCCAGAAGAAAGUUGUAUGGACUUCAUCAGAAAUUCAAAUUACAAGUGGCAAUUCUCAGUCACAAUCAUUACAUAACCCAUAUCGUAUCGGUAUUGCUGAUCCAAGUAUACGAUCUAUGUUUUUACCGCCACCACCACCACCACUAAGUUCUCAAACAUUGUUAUCAUCAUCGAGUGGUGGAAGUAGACGGUCACAAACUUCGAAUCGAAAAAUCUCGCCCACAAAACGAGGGAAUGGAACUAAAUAA